CCCACACGUCAUGCCCGCGGCAACAGCCAUCGCGAGCUCGACAAGAACCCCGGCCGGCCCAAACCCACGACGGCCAUGGACAGUGGGAAAGCGCUCUGCUGGCCAGACAACAGCUAUUCACUGCCAGCUGAACCUUGCUCUGCCAGCCCCAAGCUUCACGUGCCAUCGUAACCAUCGCUCACGCGCAUACUAUUCACUAUCACCACCACCACCAUCACCACCGCCAUGGACGACCUCCGCGAGCAAGUGGAGCUGCUGGAGAGUAGCGCCAACCUCUCCACCAGCAUCGACCAUGUGCAGAGGGCGCUUGACAUGCUCACUGCGGCUCGCGCCAAGAUCGCAGCGGAUCCCAAGACGGCGCCCUUGACCCUCGCCAAACUCCAAGACCCCUUUAAGAAGUCUUUGGACACGGUGCAGAAGGACCUCAAGCCAGUCUACGCCGGCCUGAACAAGUACGGCAAGGCACUCGACAAGAAAUUCAAGGACAAGCCCUUGCCCUCCGCCGACAACGAUGCGCUAUCAUCGCACCCCUCGCUCAUCAACCGCGCUAUUGCUAUGCACCUUCUCCGCGAAGGCCAGUUCGACGUAGCAUCCACCUUUGUGCAAGAAGCCAGCCGCCAGCCGCCACAUCCCGAGCCCACUCUCAACACACCAAACCCCUACAUUCGAGAAGCAUGGGAGAAGGAUCUCGCAGAAGGAACCUUCAACUCGGAGAAGCUGCAACAACAGUUCGCCGACAUGUACCACAUACUGCACCAACUGCGCAAUGAGCGGAAUCUGCAGCCGGCAAUACAGUGGGCGCGAGAGCGGAGUGAUGUCCUAGAAGCGCGUGGCAGCAACCUUGAAUUUGAGCUGUGUCGCUUGCAGUUUGUCUGUCUGUUCGACUCCCGUGGCAGCCAAGACGAAGCAAUGGACGACUACGAUAGUCCUAGCGGUCCCUUGCAUGCCUGGGCAUACGCACGUCGCGAGUUUGCUCCCUUCCAGAGACGGUACCAGAGAGAAAUUCAACAACUGCUAGGUGCAAUGGCGUUCUGGCAGAACGUUGAAGACUCGCCAUACCGCCGCCUCUUCUACAACGACAGUGCCUGGGAAGAAGUAGCACACUCAUUCAACCGCGAGUUCUGCUCCUUACUCGGUUUGAGUGCCGACUCACCCCUCUUUAUUGCCGCGACGGCUGGCGCAAUAGCACUCCCUUACCUCCUCAAGAUGCAGUCCAUCAUGAAGGAGAAGCGCACCGAAUGGACGACCCAAGACGAACUACCCGUUGAGAUACCACUACCGAGCCAAUACCACUUCCACAGCAUCUUUGUGUGCCCAGUAUCCAAAGAGCAGAGCACCGAUGCAAACCCACCCAUGAUGAUGCCUUGUGGCCAUGUCAUUGCACAGGAAUCACUUGAGAAGCUCAGCAAAGGAUCGCGCUUCAAGUGUCCAUACUGUCCAAACGAGAGUCAUCCGCGAGAUGCAAUGAAAGUCGUGCUGUAGGGCAGCCCUGGUAAUGAUUUAACCAUUAGGAAUGAGAAGAGGUACAUGUCGGGCGUUUGGCGUAAUCUGGAGAGACUUGCAGACGUGUAUGCAUUUGAUCUUAGGCUUGAUGAGCUCGAGCCAAGUCUUGGUUUCGAGCCUGACGUAUAGAGGCUGUCAGCGCCAGUACCACCAGAUACUGAGGAUUGGUUUGUCGUGUUUUAGGGCUGCGGCGUUUGUCUCUCUCCGGUUUUGUCAUCACAUCUUUAUCAUUAUCAUUUUGUCUUUAUCAUCGCGUCUUUGAUAUCAAACGUCUUCACUAUCAAUACGAAUGCCAUCACCAAUACCAAUACCGAUUUGACCGACAUGCAUUGGGCUCGGAGACAUUUCACGUAGCACACCACUGCUUUUGUCUAUACAACACAGCCA